AUGGAGUCACGCACUUUUGGCACGCAGGGCUGCGCGGCCGCCAGUCGCCACGCGAACGCUCCAGACGACGUCCCUGCAUCGAGUACGCGGCGAGAGCGCGAGCGUGAGCGGUUGCGCAAGGUCUCGGCUUGUAGACAGCAAGAGCGGCGCGAGAACCCUUCUCCGGCCGCAGCACAGCGCUACCGCGAGUACUUGCUCUGGACGGAGACGAGGCCGGUGCAGUUUGGCGACGAGCCGCCAAACGACACGUACGAGAUCUUCAUGAAGGAGCGCCGGCGCGCGAAGGAGAAGGCGCGGCUGCAAGGUGUGGCACGCAAGCGGCAGGCGGAGAGACAACUGCAGCGUCAAACGGUCGUGUCGGACGCCGCCCUAGCUUCGCCCGCUGCGCAACCAGCAGCAAAGCGGCCCCGCGGCCGCCCAGCCGACCCCAACACGGAGCAGCGACGUCGCGAUCGCCGGGAGCUGCAGCGCGAGAAGUCGCUCGCUCAGCAGCACCGUCGCGACGCUCGGGAUGCAGCGAGAGCGGGGCAGCAGGUACGGAGCACGCUGCAGUUCAUGGAGCUAAACCUCACACGUGCAAAGGCGGCGGGCUUCAAUCCGUGGGGGGCGCUUCCUGACGAUUCCACGCACGUGCAAGCAUAUGCAUUUUGGCGCAGCAAGGCUUUGGGAGCGCAGGUUGACGCGAACCGGAUGCGGCGCAUGCCCGAGGCAGACGCUCUUGCAGCUACAGCUUUCGCGCGGACAUUGACAGCCCGGGCUGCGAAAGCUGGAUGGGCGGCGGCGGCCGAGCGGGCCACCACGGCUGAUGCGAUCGGAGAGGCACGCGCGGCCUCAGCUGCGGCGGCAGCGCAUGCUCGGUAUGCAGACGCUGUGGCAGUCGCGGCAGCCGGCGCACAGAGUGUUGCCUCGAAGCAGCGCCGCCGGCGCGAGAGUGGUAGCCUCUCGGCGCUGCUGCAGCCGUCGCAGCCGUGGGUGUCCGCGGCGUUCGCGGCCGUCAGCGCACCGCUGCCCGAGUGUGGCUUGGACGCAGAUGGCGCCGCGCCGCCAGCGCUGCUGCCGCCGCCGCCGCCGCCGGGCCAGCCUGCGCUGACCGACGCGGUGGUGCCGCGCGUGUGGUCAACGGAGGGGCAAUGCGAGGGGAUGACGCGCCAGAGCGGCGGGACAGAGCGAUGCCGGGUGCAUCGCAAUAGUCCGUACGCAGUCGCGGCACCGCUGCGCCGCGGCGAGCGGUACUGCGGCCACCAUCACCCCGACAAGUUCACCGGGGUGCAGUGCGCAGGGCAGCGCAAGCACGGCAAGGGCCGAUGCCGAGUGUGGAGCGGUUGCUGCUAUGCCGAUGCCGCCCCGCUCCGUCGCGGCAGCCCCUACUGCCACCACCACCGCGUGCGCUGCGUGGGGCUGACGCAGUCCGGCGCGCGCUGCACCGUGACGAGCUCCUCCGAGAACGUGCACGCGCAGCCGCUGCGCGACGGCGAGCUGCACUGCGCACACCAUCAGCCCGCGGCGCCAUCGUCGCUUGCUCCAUCGGCGCCCUGUCCACGCGCCGCGGUCAGCGAUCGGGCCAUCGUGCUCGGUAGCAGCGAAGAUUUCGAGGGCCCGGACGGGCCGCUGCCGCCAUCCAUCGCGAUCGUUGAAAGCGAGGCCAGGCUAGAGCAGGGCAACUGCCUUACGCAGCUACUCCGACGCUUCCCUGCACUUCACUACACCUCGAUCAAGUACAGUGACCCCACACUCCCCCACUUGUGGGUGCUCCCGCUUGAGGGGCAAACGGCACAAACGGGCCGGCUCGCGGACUUCAUGGUGAGCUUAGGGCUCACUGUGAGAGAGCAAGACCUUGACUACGAGAGCUCCGAUGACGAUGCAGCCAGCGAUGUCGACAGCGCGCGUUGCGAUGAGCCGCUGGACCCUGACGUAGAGGCGGAGUUGCCCGAUUAUUUUUAA